CUCCACAGGUGUGCACCAUGUUGUUGUGCGUGUUUCUGGUCCUUCACCUGCUGGGAGCCGGACAUUCGGCGUGUGUGAGGAGUCUGCGCCCUAAUAAUGACGGAUCACAAGAACACGAAGUGUUUGUAGAUGAAGGAAAGGCAAAUUUGUUCCUGGGUCGACACCUGCUGUUCAACCGGUUCGACUUUGAGAUGUUCGUCCCGGGUAACCUGGAGAGGGAGUGCUACGAAGAAAUCUGCAGUUACGAGGAAGCAAGGGAGGUCUUUGAAAACGUCCCAGAUACAAAUACAUUUUGGAAGAAAUACACAGAAGAAAAGAACAAGCGCCACUCUGGAGUCGAUGUGAUAUCUGUUUUGGUGGGAGUGAUUUCUGGAUCAGUGGGCCUUGUUAUCAUUGGCGUCUUGAUCUGGUAUUCUUGUCGAUGCCGGUCAAAAGACAACUUCAGCCGUGGAAGUUCUAGUCGGACGCGCCCCAGGAGGAGUAACGCCCCUUUAAUAAUGCGAAGGUUGGAGGAGGUCUCUCUGCAGCCUGAGCAUCUUCCACCAGCCCCAGUCCCUGAAGAGGAACUGGACCCCCCGGGUCUACCGUCAUAUGAACAGGCAGUCUCAAGAGUUGGCCAGCAUGAUGCCCCACCUCCCCCAUAUCCUGGCUCAAGACCUGGGAGUAUCCAACGAUAACAUCUUCAGGACAAAUAAAUGUCCAUGACUGUCAACAUUAAAUGGACAAUUUGCAGCCAGUGAAUGUAAUUUAUACCAUUUCAAGGUUCAAAAUGGUUUCUUUUCUUUA